UUCAAUCGAUGGAUUUAAAGGACUUUUAAUUUGUAUGAGUAAAUAUUUUGACCCGGAAACGAUUGCUGUAAACUCUUCACAGGCGCUGAUGGUGGAACAUGGGUUAAAUUGUCAAGUUAAAUUAUUCAAUAGGGUAAUAUAGGUAUAUUUUCGGGAACUCAGCUCAGCUGCUGUUGCUGGUCUGAGUGUCAUUCAAGAAGUUUGACAGCCCUCGAGUUGGAACUGACUGAAGAAGACAACAUCCUAGGCUAGUUCCAUCUUCAAUUCUGGAAUCAAAGUCAUCCAGUCACCCACACUCAUGGAGAACACAAAAGAAGAGGGUAAGAACAAAGAGGAAAAGAGAAGCCCCGGUUAUGUGUGAGGUGUGCGGGACCUACUUCGAGACGCGGCGGGGUCUCUCCAGUCACGCCAGACUCCACCUCCGUCAGCUCGGCGUGGCUGUCUCGGACAACAGCGGAGCUCCCAUCGACUUACUCUACCAGCUGAUUCAGGACAGGGACGGUUCAAUGCACCCACCCAAACCCGUCUACUCUUCACCCAAAAAAACCAAGGGAUCAGGGACACUCAUCUCCCAGAAGGAAUCCCCUCUCGGGGGUAGGGUCAAAGUAGUGACAACCCCACAGAAUAAUAUAUCCAAGGUAGCUCGUAAAGGGACAGUUUUGGCCAAGCCUCGGCAGUCUUCCAUGUCGUCGUUCCUAACAGCAGGCAAGACACCAUCGGCCUCAGGGGGAGCGAGCCUGGCCUCGGCCAAGCCUGCCUGGGCACCGCAGGAGACGGAUGCCCCUCUCACCCUGGCGAUGGACACCAAUGACGAGGUGCAUGUGUGUCAAUUGUGCGGUGCCUGGUAUGAGUCCCGCAAAGGCCUGGCCAGUCACUGCCGGGCCCACUUGCGCCAGUUCGGCAUCACCGAGAACACCGAGACGAAAGGAGGACCAAUAGAAUUCCUCUACCAGAUCAUGGAAGCGGAAGACCUCCAACCUAUAGCAAGUGAAGGUCUCAACGUCUAUAACCCUUCUAUGUCUUCUAACUCUAACAAACGGCCCUCCGGCUCUGGUUCGUCCACAUCGCCUGCUAGACAUAAAGGAUCCCCUUCCUCCUCCCUUCAUCAGCCUCCCUCCAACAAACGGCCCAAGCCCUCCGCGUCAGAAGGAACUGCUCCACAGGAUCAUAGGCUCAGCACGGGUGAGUUCACCUGUGUCUUGUGCGGUGAGGAGUUUGAGAACCGCAAAGGCCUAGCAAGCCACUCCCGCUCUCACCUGCGCCAACUCGGUGUCACCGACCUCCUGGGCAAGGCGUCGGCCAUCGACACGGUCCAGCAGCUGGUCAGCAGCGGCGUGCUUGCGGCCGCUGCAUCGGUACGACCCAGUAACACCACCACCAAGACCCCUUCUAGAUCCCCAGCUAACGCCCACCUCAGCCCCUUGGCCUCCAGCCACAAUCCCAGGUCAAAGGCCAAGAAGGGCUCCACCCUGGUCUAUCCCAAGCCGGAGCCCCUGGAGAUGGAGCUGGAUGUGGGGUUCUCCAGUCCGCUUGGGGGGUACAGCAGCAGUAAUGGAUCUCAGGGUUCUCAGAAGUGGGCCAAAAAUGGCCAGUCCUUCAACUCCGGUUCAGACCAGGAGCUCAUGAUCACCUGUGAAUUCUGUGGCCAGUUCUUUGACAGCCGCAAGGCCCUGUCCUGCCACGCCCGCUCCCACCUGCGUCAGCUGGGAGUCAUGUGGUCUGUCAACGAGUCGCCCAUCGACCUGCUGAGAGACAUCCUUCUGAAGGAGGGCAGUGCCACUGCCACCCAGGUCAAGAGGGAGCCAUCGUCCUCUCACUCCAGCGCCAAUCACAGGAGGUUCUCGGAGCCUUCGUGGGCUCCCCAGGGCUCUAAGAGGACUUUCACUCCUCCACUGGACUACUCCCUCAACGACAAGCCUUCUCCUGAUAAGAAUGGAUCCUCCCAGUCUGCCGGGGAUGCGUGCUGUGAGCUGUGCGGCUUUGACUUUGAGAACCGCACGGCGCUGGCGAGCCACGCCCGGGCCCACCUCCGCCAGCUGGGGGUUAAGGAGUGGAGGGCAGAGGGUGUGAAGGCCUCCCCCAUCGAGUUGCUCAGCGCCUGGAUCCAGAGGCAGCCCCGCAAGGCCGCGGAGAUCCACCGCCAGUACCGCGACGGUGACCUCAACAUCAGGUUUAAGAGGAACGCCCCGUCCCACUUUCCCUCCACAGACUCAAGCUCCUUCCCCUUGGGAGCCCAGAGGGCUGUGGGGCUGGGGCGCAGGGCGGGCCGAGAGGUGGCCAGGGUCGCUGGGGGUUCGUCCAGGGCAGCUCAAGGUCAAAGGUCACAGGGGGAGACGGGACACUCGUCAUAUCACCAUCAUACCGUCUCUCAUACGCAGUCCCAGGGGGCUAGAGGAGACUUCAACCACAUACGCUCUCCUAGAGGUUUUGAGCGGCGGGUCCCUAAACACACCGCCCAUACGGAGGGAGCAGAGGGGGACGGCGGCUCUCAACAACCCCCCCGGUCAGGAAACAUCCCUUCCCUGGUUCCCAGGCCUCCCUCCACUCCUCUGGUCAAACAAGUGGGCAAAGAGUACACCCUCAAGUGCAGGUUCUGUGAGGCAGUGUUCCAUGGAUCUCAGUCAGUACAGGAGGACUGGAUCAGACACCUGCAGAAACACAUCCUGGACCUCCGCUUCAACAAGGCCUGUCCUCCCCCUGACCCAGAACGGCCCCUGGUCCCGGGCAUGGAACCCUCAGCCACCACCACCACCAGCCCGGUCCUCCUGGUACCACUGGUGGUUUAAAUGGUCCACUACUAUGGCUACACUCACUGCAUUUCCCUUAUUACCACUUAGUUGGAUCGUCUUAUCUGUUGUUCAUCUGUUUGUUUUCCUCAAAGGACUGUUGAACUCAGUCUACACUGUGGUGUGUGUGUGUGUGUGUGUGUGUGUGUGUGUGUGUGGGGGGGUAGAUUAUUUAUUCAGCGUUAAAGGAAUGACUUGGUUUGAAUGAUAACUGCACAAAGUGGAUAUACUGUAGCACUCGUCUUGUCCACCAGCUGUGUCUCUCUCUAGCUGUUAGCCUGGGGAUAAGGUUAGUGUAGCACAGACAUAGCUGUACCAGCCUCAUAUCAACCCUAGAGGGCCUACUUGGGCCAGUUGAAGAAGUCUACUUUCAGUAACUACUCUUGCUGGGGUAACUUAGACAUGGGGUCAAACAAACUAACAUUCAUUCACCAUGACACAUUCCUACCACUUAGUAGUCUAGCAAUGGUUACACUCCAUGUCUUUAUUGGGAUGUUUAUUGCACAUUGUUUUCAUAGAAACCUAAAUUCAUAGUAGUCUGACAUAGGAUGGAAUGGGUUUCCAUAGACUGUAGUCAGUGAUGUCACUGAAGAAGUAAGGCAAAGCCUGUUCGAGCAUUAAAUACAUUCCCCUUGUUUCAACUGUUCCAAAGCAGUGUGGCAUUAUAGGUUGCAUUGCAGAAUAGCAGGGAAGGAAGCAUGUUCACUUUUGAAAUAUGGUCUGAAAUUUCCCUAUUGUACAGGAAUUUGUAUUAGCUUUUUUAAUGACUGAUGUUUUUAAAUGUAGAACUGUUUUCUGAAGUAAAUAAAUAUAAGACAAGGUU